CUGCUUUUUCUCUCUCCMAGUUUGGCCAUCAAAGGUUACAAAAUGCCCCUUGAAGCCAAAGACUUGUGGUCGCUGAACCAGCGCGACAGCUCCAAGACGAUGGUGCCGAAACUCCUGAAGGAGUGGGAGAAGGAGCAAACCAAGGUCAAGAGCCUCAUCAAAGCGUUUGGCCCCUACUUUCUGAUUGGCUCAGGCUUUAAGCUCCUGCAGGAUUCCAUCACCUUCGUCAACCCCCAGCUGCUCAGGAUGUUGAUCUCCUUCACCAAACAGGAGGACGCCCCUGUUUGGUGGGGUUACACGCUGGCCUUCCUCAUGUUCUUCACAGCCAUCCUGCAGACUCUCAUCCUCCACCGGCACUUUCAGUACUGCUUUGUCACGGGGAUGAACGUCCGGACCGCUCUCAUAGGAGCCAUCUACAGGAAGUCUCUGGUCAUAACAAAUGCUGCCAAGCGUUCCUCUACGGUGGGAGAAAUCGUAAAUCUGAUGUCUGUCGACGCACAGAGG